AUGCCCACCCAGACUGUACCCACUUGUCAUUCUCCUCCAGUGCUUGAAACCAACCCCGACGAGGCAAAGAGGUAUCUCGACGUCCUGCUCCUCCCCCAGUUCGAAUCGUACAACAAGCCACAAUGGGCCGCCAGAAUCGUCCGUAACGCGGACCCUGACCACAGCGCGCACUGGCAAUACACCACCCACGCGCUGUUUGCCGCCAUGUACGCGACCGCCGAGCCGCUCGGCAUGGACCGCGGACGACGGUACGUCUCUGACACCAUCCGCCGACACCCGGUUGUUGCAGUCGCGGUGCAGGCGUAUGCGGACGACGGACGCGCUUCGACCCCAGAUACGCCGACCUCUCCGGAAGAUGCAGAUGCAAAGAGGUCUCGUGCGUACCAUCUGAGGAGAUCAGUGCUGCUCCGUGACGGUCACAAGUGCUGCUUCAGUGGGGUCGUCGACGACGAUGCACCCAAGGACCUCAAGAGCCACGCCAAAAGGUUGGGCGAAGUGCGCGCCGCCCACAUUCUCAACCUUGCACCGCCUCUUCACGACAGAGGGUCCGUCGACGCCGAGGAGUCUCUCCGCAAUACCCUGGCGUUUCUUACGAACUUCUGCCUGGUAGAAGAACCCUUCGGUUCGCUGAUUGAAGCGCUGGAUGGCCCACUGAACGCAUUUUUGCUGUGGGUGGGCCACCACUCUGACUUCGACAGGUUCAAGUGGUGCCUGAGGGCGACAAAGACCCGCGACUGCUAUGAUAUAUGCUACAUGCCGGACAGCGCGCGGUACAAGGGUGCCCGCACCGCUCUCGCACGGAUAGCUUUCCAGGACCAUCACGGCGGCGUCGAUCUGCCCAGCCCAGGGCUGCUGCGAAUACACUGCGCGGUUACGCACGUGUUGCAUCUCAGCGGUGCGCUGGAGCUGUUCCAAGAGCUCUGUCUUUUUGACGGGAGCGACUACGAGACCGGGCCAGCCGCCCACGUAGCGCCGACGGGAGCAGCGUUUAUAGCGCAUGUCGUGGACGAGGAUCCGUACGCGGUGAUGGAGCUGCGUGAAUCGCUUGCUGCGAUGUUGAGCCCUCAGUGA